AUGACCUCGUCACUUUUUGCAUCGACGCUCGUCGCCUGCUUCUUUGUCGUGGCGCUUCCACAUAUGCUGCCGUGCCCCGUCCCCGCCAAGAAGUUUGCCGACGGACAGGUCAUGGUGGACGAGAACGGGAGGAGGAAGGUCUACCGCCGGCGCGAGAGCCCAGACGAAGCCAAGAGCGGCAUUGUACAGUUUGGUGAGGAUAUUGAGAGCGGGAAAGCGGUCAAGAGAGAGUGUCCGGUCCCACGGCCGGGCGGCAUGCUCGGCGAAUGGUUGGGAUUCCACAGCGAGAACGGCACAGAGUCAAGAGAGCGCGUGCAGGACGAAGCCGUGCUUCUGGCAUAG